AUGUAUAACAGCCAGUCGCCACAGAUGCACCCCAACCAGAUUCUUCAACGAGCGGAAAACUUCAGCAAGCCGAGUGGACCUCGGGCACCUGCUAUGGCUUCUGUAUUCGGUGCAGCCGGUGUGGACAAGCCAGCUAGCCUGGCCAGCCCUCCUGCCGCGUCAGCCCUGCCGGCGCCUGACGCUCUGCAGCAGAAGCCGCAGAUUGCUACAGAACAGAGACAGAAGCUUCUCUCGCUUUUUGGCAAGCCUCAAUCGCCAAGCCCUGGGCCUGGAUUCGGACUAGAUGACAAGGGCAAGGCUAGGGAGAUGGCAGCACCCGACGGGAUCAUGCGUUCGCGCGUAGCAUCUCUUGCCUCUGCAAGCGGGCAAGGUGCCCCAGAGGGUUUGUCAGAAUCCCGCCGCGGCAGCCAAACUCCGAUUUCUCCAGCGGACCGGAGUUUCUUGCUUGGGUACCUGGCAUCAGUGGCAAACAAUGCCAAGUAG